AUGUCUAGCAACAACGCCUCGCUGGGCGCGGCGGUCGAUGACCGCAAAGCGCGUCUCGCCAAGCUCAAGACUCUCAAGCGCAAGCAGCCAGGCGAUGAGGUCGCCGCUCCCGAGUCCACACGGUCCCCGUCGCCCCCAGCGUCCACUGUUCCCGACGUCACCAGACUGCAUCUGUCCGGACGUAACUUCGAUGCCGAGACGAGGGGGCCGAAACUCGGCUUCGAACAGGCUCCGACACUGAAUAUGGAGGGCCCGACAUUGGAGGAAAAGGCUGCACAGGUCGAGGCAGAGGCGAGGAGCAAGGCGCAGGAAGAAGCAGCAGAAGCGGAAAAGGGCAUAGAUCUGUUCAAGCUUCAACCCAAGAAGCCGAACUGGGAUCUGAAGCGGGAUCUUGACCAGAAACUGGAAAUCCUCAACGUGCGGACAGAUAACGCCAUCGCAAAACUGGUGAGAGAACGGAUAGCCAGCUCUAGGAAGGCAGAGAAGGAGAAGCAGAACCAGAAGCUGAACCAAAAGGGGUCGAGCAGCUCAACUGGCGACGGCGAGGCUGUUGGACUGGACGGUGUGGCAUUGGUGGAGGCUAUGAGGGUACGGGAACGAGAGGACGAAGAAGACGAGAGGAGGGAACGGGAAGAUCAGGAUCUCGCGUAG